GGCAGAGUGAGCCCUGCGGAGACGCGCUAGAGGGACCACCCUUCAUUUUGCAUCUUGGUGAGUGGACUAUGGUGGCAGGAAGAUGUUGGCUCGGAAGAGUAUCAUCCCUGAAGAGUAUGUGUUGGCACGGAUCGCUGCCGAGAACCUGCGCAAGCCACGCAUCCGAGACCGGCCACGCAAAGCCCGCUUCAUCGCCAAGAACGGGGCAUGCAACCUGGCACACAAGAACAUCCGCGAGCAGGGGCGAUUCCUGCAAGACAUUUUCACCACCUUGGUGGACCUGAAGUGGCGUCACACGCUGGUCAUCUUUACUAUGUCCUUCCUCUGCAGCUGGCUGCUCUUCGCCAUGAUGUGGUGGCUGGUGGCUUUUGCCCACGGCGACAUGGACCCAAGCACAGAAAGCCCUACGAACAGCACAAAGUGGACACCAUGCGUGACAUGUGUCAGGUCUUUCACCUCCGCUUUCCUCUUCUCCAUUGAAGUUCAGGUGACCAUUGGUUUUGGGGGGAGGAUGAUGACAGAGGAAUGUCCCUUGGCCAUCACAGUCUUGAUCCUGCAGAACAUUGUGGGUUUGAUUAUCAACGCGGUCAUGCUAGGCUGCAUAUUCAUGAAAACUGCACAAGCACACAGGCGGGCUGAGACCUUGAUUUUCAGCCGGCAGGCAGUCAUUGCAGUUCGAAAUGGCAAACUUUGCUUCAUGUUUCGAGUGGGAGACCUGAGGAAGAGCAUGAUCAUUAGCGCCUCAGUGAGAAUCCAGGUUGUGAGGAAGACUACAACCCCUGAAGGAGAAGUCAUACCCAUUCACCAAGUAGAUAUCCCUGUGGAUAACCCCAUUGAAAGCAACAAUAUUUUCCUCGUGGCUCCCUUAAUCAUUUGUCAUGUCAUAGACAAGCGGAGUCCUCUUUACGAUAUCUCUGCUGCUGACCUGGUGCUUCAGGACCUGGAGCUCAUCGUGAUACUAGAAGGAGUCGUAGAAACAACUGGCAUCACGACACAAGCGAGAACCUCCUACAUAGCAGAGGAGAUCCUGUGGGGUCACCGCUUUGUGCCCAUCGUCACCGAAGAGGAAGGCGUGUAUGCAGUCGACUACUCCAAGUUUGGCAACACUGUCAAAGUGGCGGCACCACGUUGCAGUGCUCGAGAACUUGACGAAAAGCCAUCCAUUCUCAUCCAGACCCUGCAGAAGAGUGAGCUGUCCCACCAAAACUCCCUGCGGAAACGCAACUCCAUGAGGAGAAACAACUCCAUUCGGAGGAGCAACUCCAUGCGGAGAACCAAUCCUUCCCUCAUUGUGCCCAAAGUGCAGUUUAUCACGCCCGAGGGGAGCCAGAGUGCAUCAGAAACGUGAUACACAGCUUUGUGCGAGGUCGGUGGGCUUCGGAAGGAGGAGGUACCCAUGGUGUUUGGUUUAAAUUUUCUUUUACUUAAGAAAAUAGAACACAAUGCAGAAAAGAACCGUGAAAGAACUAUUUAUUCUAUUACUUACUGAAAGCACCACCUAAUGGCAUUAGGAAACACUUAAACACUUAGUGUAUGAAUUAAUAAAAAAUGGCAUGUACACUAAAGAAAACACAG